AUGACUUUCCCAUGGCGCCGGAGGAGAGCAAAGACCAACGAGUCCCGGCCGGUAGCCGACCGAGACAUCGGCGGCAUGGAGCUCACGACAAUCCCGGUCCACUUCUUGUGCCCUAUCUCUCUCGAUCUGAUGCGCGACCCGGUGACACUACCCACCGGGAUCACUUAUGACCGUGAAUCCAUCGAGAAGUGGCUCGACUCCGGCAACAGGACGUGCCCCGUCACAAACCGACUCCUCCCCGGAAGCCUCGAGCCCGUCCCGAACCACUCCAUCCGGAAAAUGAUCCAGGACUGGUGCGUCCAGAACCGGUCCCGGGGAAUCGAGCGGAUCCCUACCCCGCGUGUUCCGGUCGCCCCCCGCGAGGUCUUCGAGAUCUGCUCGGCUAUAGACGAGUCCGUGAGCUGCGGGGACGCGGUUAAGUGCCGGGAAUUGGUCGGCAGGAUCAAGAAUCUCGCGAGGGAUAGCGAACGGAACAGGCAUUGUAUGAUGGCGAACGGGGCGGGGCCCACGUUGGCCCGCUCGUUCGAGUCGUUUGCCCGUUUUCCGAUCGAAGGCGAAAACAACCUGGAAUUGCUGAAAGAGAUCCUGUCGGUGCUGACGUGGAUGUCGUCCUCGCUCGGUGAGGAUGGUGCCUCGAGGCUGAAGUCGAUCGUCUCCCUACGUUGCAUGGCGCGGUUUUUGAAAAAUGAGGACGACCUCUCGUCGAGGCAGAACGCGAUAUGCGUCUUGAGAGAAUUGAUAGAUUUGGAUGGGGAUGUUGUCGGCAUCCUAGUUAAGGGAAUAGAAGAAGCCGUUUUUCGAAUCGUGAAAGUCCCGAUUGGGUCUCGGGCGACCAAGGCGGGCUUGGUGGUCAUCCACCGCAUGAUGACGUGGGUGGUGACAUCAUCGUCGAAGUUCAUCCGCAUGGGACUAAUACCUUCGGUUCUCGAGAUAAUAGUCGACGGGGACAAGAGCGCGUGCGAGAAGGCCCUGGGAGUUCUCGAUAGCGCGUUCGGUACUAAAGAAGGGAGAGAGAUAGCCUACGAGAACGCGCUCGUGAUCCCGUUGCUCGUCAAGAAGAUUCUGCGGGUUUCGGAGGUGGCGACGGGGUUUUGCGUGUCGAGCCUCUGGAAGCUGCUGUGUUUGGGGGAGGUGAAGGAGAGGGGGGUGGUGGAGGCUGCUGAGCAUGGGGGAUUCCAGAAGCUUCUGCUUGUGCUGCAGAUGGGGAGCAGUGGGGACAAGGAGAAGGUAACGGAGCUUCUGAAGGCGAUGAACGCGUGUCGGGGGAAGGUGGAUUGUUUUGAUUCGUCCUUGGGGUUUAGGUAUGUCAAGAGGUCGUUGGACUGA